UCGGGAAAGCUAAAGCGUGGCAGGGGCAGGACCAGGGAAGCGGAGGAGGCGGGUCUCCAUAGAGACCUCCACCUGUUUCCGGCCAGGCUGAGCGAGAUUAGGGGCUGCUGCGGGGGCCAAUCUCAGCCAGCUCGCUUCUUCCCAGCGGCCUCUGCGGGAGCGGUGGGUGUUGUACACAAUCAUCAUGGCGGCGGCCGGGGCCCCGGAUGGCAUGGAGGAACCUGGCAUGGACACGGAGGCCGAGACCGUGGCCACCGAGGCGCCCGCGCGGCCCCUCAACUGCAUGGAGGCCGAAGCCGCGGCGGGGGCGGCGGCCGAGGAUUCCUGCGACGCGCGAGGCAGUCUGCAGCCGGCCCCGGCCCAGCCCCCUGGGGACCCCGCGGCGCAGGCCUCGGUCAGCAACGGCGAGGACGCGGGCGGCGGCGCGGGCAGGGAGCUGGUGGACCUGAAGAUCAUCUGGAACAAGACCAAGCACGACGUGAAGGUCCCUCUGGACAGCACAGGCUCCGAGCUAAAGCAGAAGAUUCACUCGAUUACAGGUCUCCCACCUGCCAUGCAGAAGGUCAUGUAUAAGGGACUUGUCCCUGAAGAUAAGACGUUGAGAGAAAUAAAAGUGACCAGUGGAGCCAAGAUCAUGGUGGUUGGCUCCACCAUAAAUGAUGUUUUAGCAGUAAAUACGCCCAAAGAUGCCGCGCAACAGGAUGCAAAGGCCGAAGAGAACAAGAAGGAGCCUCUCUGUAGGCAGAAACAACACAGGAAAGUGUUGGAUAAAGGAAAACCUGAAGAUGUGAUGCCAUCUGUGAAGGGGGCCCAGGAGCGCCUGCCAACAGUACCCUUGUCCGGCAUGUAUAAUAAGUCUGGAGGAAAAGUGAGACUCACCUUUAAGCUAGAACAAGACCAGCUGUGGAUUGGCACUAAAGAUUCCUGGAGGGAACCGAACAUGCCUAAUUCACCUGUUUCUGGCCAGCACUGUAGGUAUUCAGUGUGCGAGAGCGAACCGAGAAACUGCCCAUGGGCUCCAUUAAAAAUGUUGUCAGUGAACCUAUUGAAGGACACGAAGACUACCACAUGAUGGCGUUUCAGUUGGGCCCCACGGAAGCCUCUUACUACUGGGUGUACUGGGUUCCAACUCAAUAUGUGGAUGCAAUCAAAGACACUGUGCUGGGCAAAUGGCAGUAUUUUUGAAAGCACUUUCACCUCUGGCCCAGGAGACUGACCCAAAGUGAAGGACAUUGCCGGGAGAGGCCUGCAGCAUCCCUGGAUUUCAGAGUUCUGGAACUUUGUUCACACACAAAAAAAUCUCUAUUCAAUCUGAGGUGAUGUGGUGACUGAAGCCAGAGGUGAUGUACUUUCACCAUUAGCUUAAUUUUAACUUAAAAUCACCGAUUCCCUUUCUUGCAGUCAGCUUCAUACCAUUUUUAAAGUCAGUAUGGUGGAAAUCAAUAAAUCUGAAUUCCGAACAUGUUGUGUGGAAUACUCUUAAGUCUGUUUGAGAGUAGAUCUGCCAAUUAUGUUGAGAAGGAAAUGAUGAAAAGCUUUCUGGGUUUUGUUUUUGUUCUUGUCUUUUUUUUUUUAUUUUUUUAAUGAUUUCAACUGAAAUAUUUUCAUAAAUCUUUGGUUGCAAACAUUUGGACUGCAUUGUGAUGAGUUGGGGUCUUUUUCUUUUUCCUUGGUGUAAAAUUGUAUGCAAAAUGGGGGGGGUUAGUAAGCCAUAUUUUUCUGUUCACUGAUUCAAAUUUAAUUCUUUCCCUUUUUAAUUUUCUCACUUCCCUAGAUUUGAGUUUUUGUUUUAAAAACCCAAAGAUGCCAGUUCCUCUCUUGGUACCUCAUCCAGCUUCCUUCCCUGGGCUCUGUCCCUCCGUGCUGCUGCUGCUUGGGAAUGCACGUGGGGGAGGAGGAGCUGCUGGGUCGGGGCAGGGAGCUCUCGCCCUCGCUGUGGUGUUGUCGAGCAGCAGAGUAUCUCACAAGUGACUCCUGUCUAAACGUCUUGCCCUUCGGGCCCCAACUUGUGGGGCGUUCCGUUGCCUGUUCAGUCGUCGCGGGCAGCCCUUGCUGAGCUUGGCUUUGAGGCCCAGCCCGGUGUGGGUGUGCCUGGGCUGGGCUGCUUCAAAGCCCCCGUUUGGAGAAGGAGCCAGGUAGAAGGUAGUUUGUGCAGCCGUAUAGCCACAGAUCCAGAGACCUUCUUUCUUUGGAAGUUUUCCAGAAAUUCUUAAGCAGUCCAAUGAUUGUUUCAAUUAUGCUUCUCCAUUGGUCCUUCUGCUCAUGCAUUAAGUUCAAGUGUCCUUUAUCCCAGGUACAGAGAUGCCGCCUUUCUCAGUAAAAAGACAUCUGACCUAGUGGGUUGGCCAGUGGUGUUUGAACAGUUAAAUGGGAUAAAUUGCUUUCACAAUUAGCUCACUCUCUUCUGGUUUUAGCCCUUUUGUUCUUCGUACAUGUGAACUUCUGUCAUCUCCUAUGGCUUGAUUGACUCUGAAAUGAGGGACAGUCUCGGUGGAUGACACCUUUUGUGCUGUUUGCUGUUUCUCUGCUGCUGUCUUUGCCAUUCUCCUCUCACUGGUUGCAGGCUCUCUUAGUAAGGUUUGGCAAGAAAUCUUCCCAGCCUCACACUUUGGAUUCUAAGCUGUUCCCCCUCAUUCUGUGAAACGUAUUAGCAUGUGUUCGCCUCAGAUGACUAUCCUUGUGAGCCAGUUAACGACGAUAUUCUACGCCCUUCCCUUCUAAGCUGUAGUUCAGGAAUCACAUAGACAGACUCUUGCUUUUUGUGGUGUAGUCAGUGCCAAGUUCUGCAUCUGGGCAGGAAAACCUACUCUUUGCUUUUUGGGGGCAUAAAGUACGUAUGUGAAGUGCAGUGUCCAAGAAACUGCCUGUUUUCCAUCCCUUGAAAAAGGAGCAGUAACUGCAGCUCUUUUGUCUCCGUUGGCAGUUCCUGGGGAAAGGAGUGCGCCUUGCUACUUGUCCCAGCCGCCUCCUGUGGUUGACAGGUCUGCAGGGGAAGUGAUCAGGUAGCAGGCAGAGCAUCCUCUGGGUUGAAAUGCUGCCCUUUCUGUUGCCGACGUCCCCAUCCUUGAGACUUGUCGGAUAGUGCCAUGUGCCCUUUUGGUCCCUCAGAGCAGGCAUCUUUGUCCCCAGAAUGGCUCUGAGACCCCUCCUCUGCCCCUGCCCUCCUUCCUCCCAGCCAGAGCAAGUGUGCCAUUGUCCCCCUGCUGCCCAAGGGCCAGACCGCUUCUCACUCAGGCUGGUGUCGUUUCGAGAGGACCAAAGCCUGCGUGAGCCUUUUUAUUUUCAGUAAAAUGGUGCUUAUUUCCUUACUUCGAGAUAUUAUAUAUAAAUAAUGAUGUAAAUGACACCUCUUCGUGUGGAGCUGUUCGAGGGCUGCUUCACAGAGCUCGCUCACUGUCGUCACAGUCCUGAGCUCUGGCUCCUGACCUGUCUGCACAGGAGACCUCGCCGGAAGCCUCUGGGAGAAGUGUGAGAUCCGUGCCUGGGUCACAGCAGUGUUGGCUGUUUCGUCACUCAGUCCCGUGAGCAGUCUCUUUAUUCCUUGCUUACAUCUGACUCAACCUGUGCGAGCAAAUCGAAAUACUCUUCCCUUUAGGUAGCAGCACAGUGUUUUGUUUUUUUCCUCAGGACUAUUUCUGAACAAUUCCUUCACUGUCGGGUCUGAGGGGACCAGAACUCUCCCUCCCUGAGGCAGGGGCAUGCAGGCGGAUGAAGGAAGAGCUGACUCGGAGAGGGCCUCCGAGGGCGAUCGCCGGAGCUUGAGGUGGAGUGGUCCCGCCCCGGCGAGGCUGCUCUGGGCCCGUCACUCGGUGCUGCCCGUGGGCUUCUUUCCUGUCCAGAUCGGGCGAGCGGUCCUCCUGCAGGUCUUUUCUCACAGACAUCAUGCCUUUCUUUUCCUCCCUGAGGAGACUUGGCAGAAUAAGGCAGCAGCGUCACCCUGCUGAGCCCCGUCCAUCAACUCCUGUCCAGUCAGUCGGGUCAGAGAACUUAGACUCGCGAGUUGCUGGAGCUCUUUGGUGGGAAGUAAUUUUAAUCCAUGAUGGGUCUUUUGCAAGUAGCGUUUGCUCUUUCUAAAUGAAGUUUAACUGAGCUAAGGAUGCACUUUCUUAGAAUCUUGUGGACAUAGUCGGGGCCAGGCGAGGCCCUCAGUAGGCUCCUUAGUUGCUGCUUUACCUUAUGAGGGCCAAAGAGAUUAACUUUGCUACAUUGCCACGCCUCAGAAAAGUUGCCAUAUUUCACCCAGAAGGGACUUGUUUUCCAAUUCCUCUUACUUUAACCAUGUGCCUGGAGGAGCCAUGCUGGACUCUUGCCAUUGACCCACUCUUUCUUUGCCAGGGGCCGAGAAGGGAAAGGGGACAGACUCAGUGUGCCAAGGGCCACGCAAGGGCAGGCGUUCUUCCACCUCUUUCUCGCUCCUUACCUCUGUUCCUGCCUGUCGACAUGGAAAAGGAUGGUCCCUUUGUCCUGAGGCUUUGUAGCAAAGUCAUCUGCAGUUAGGAUUGGCACCUGUUUCCUUCUUCACAGGACCUGGCAGCCUUUCUGAAGUCACAGGUGGUCAGGAGCCCUCUGAGGUGCAGAACAUCUGGUAGAUUACCUGCCAGCUGAGUGCUUCUACUGCUUUCUAAACUUCUGAGAACCUUUCUUUUCUUUCUUAAAGAGCUCUGCAGAGUUAUUUGACAAUAUAUGUAAGUACCAUGUUUCCUUGUGGUGUACGCUCUGUUCUGGUUUGUUUUUAAAUCAAAUGCCUGUUUGGGAGGAGAUGAACGUAUUUAGUCUAUUAGAUUUGCGCUGCUGGAUUUUUUUUUUUUUUUUUUUUCUUUUUAAAGUGUAACCUUGACUAGCUGUCUUAUUGUUUAUCCUGUAAGAUUAGUCUAUCAAUUAAAGUUUGAUAAUUAAUUGCGUCUCUCUUUCCU